CAGAUAUAAAGAGCAUUUCGAGGGAAUCUACAGAGCAGAUGAACAGGAUGAGCCCAAUAUAAGACUGAACUGAGCCUGUGAGAAGCCAGCAUCGCAGCCUUCAGUACCAAAGCAUGACGGGUGUUCUGCGAAGCUCCAAACAGAGACCCGGGAUGAAGCGCCCUCGGAACCAGCCUUACAGGGUUUUCGAUUAUCAACAUGUUCCGGUCUCUGUGACGUGUGACUUUGCUCCUUUCGGACGGACGUGUUCCUCUCCGUCUCCAUCUUCUGCAGACCUGCGGCAAAGCAGAGACAAACCUCAGAGCAAACACAAGUCCCGGAGCAGAGGAACCCAGCUAAGAAUGGAGGAGCUGAUGUGCAUUAAGAAGGAACUGACCGUGAUUAAAUCACAGAUAGACGAGCUGCUGGACAGUCUGGAGCAGAUGGACCCUCAAAACCAAGAGCUGUGCGGAGACGGUGUGGCGUUCUCUCCGCUCCACGGCUCUGUGAGCAGUGCGGACGACUCGUCUGGUAGCUCUCCUCCCUCGAGGACCGACAGAGAGACACAGAGUCCACAGACAGCAGUCAACAGUGAUGAAGACAGACAGCAUGUUAAUGACUAUGAACCAGAUUUGUUCUACAUGUAAAGACUUCAGACACGCCAAGUUAUUUGGGAAAAGCCACAGGAUGAAUCAGUGAUGGAGUAAAGAAAAGGACCAUUAAAAACGAGGAGCGAUGUUUGGAUAAUUUCCACUGAUCCGCCGACAGCUUCAUCUUGUAAACUAAACAUGAGCGCAGA